UUACUCCAGGGUAAUUCACCAUUUGGUCGAGCUGAUUCCUAUCAUAAAUUAGAGCAGUUGGGCGAGGGUUCGUAUGCUACAGUGUUUAAAGGUUUAAGUAGUAUGACUAAUCAAACAGUAGCAUUAAAAGAAAUUAGACUACAGGAAGAGGAAGGAGCCCCAUUUACUGCUAUCAGAGAAGCAUCAUUGUUAAAGGGUCUACGCCAUGCCAAUAUUGUCACCUUACACGAUAUAAUUCACACUAAAGAGACUUUAACAUUUGUUUUUGAAUAUGUAGAUACAGAUUUAAGUCAGUAUUUAGAAAAACAUCCUGGUGGACUUAAUGCCUUCAAUGUUAAAUUGUUUUUGUACCAGUUAUUACGUGGCUUAGCCUUUUGUCAUCAUCGACGCAUUUUACAUAGAGAUUUAAAGCCUCAGAACCUUUUGAUAAGUGAUAAGGGUGAAUUAAAGCUAGCUGAUUUUGGACUAGCACGAGCCAAGUCUAUACCUAGUCGGACUUAUUCACAUGAAGUUGUAACUCUUUGGUACCGACCCCCUGAUGUUUUAUUAGGGUCAACAGAUUACUCAACAUCACUAGAUAUGUGGGGUGUAGGUUGUAUAUUUACUGAAAUGAUAGCAGGUGUUGCAACAUUCCCUGGUAUGAAAGAUGCCUAUGACCAGCUUGAUAAAAUAUUUAAGGUUUUAGGUACACCAAGAGAAAAAAGUUGGGAAGGUGUUACCAAGUUUCCCAAUUACGAUAAAACUAAAUUUGGGUUUUAUUAUCCCCAAACAUUAAGUUGUGUUGUCCCAAAAUUAACCUUCAUUCCACAUUCACAAGAAUUAGCUUCUAAGUUUCUACAGAUGGAUCCCUCCAAGAGAAUCUCAGCCCAAUUAGCUAUGAAACAUGAAUAUUUUCACGAUUUACCACCGAAGAUACAAGACAUUCAAGAUGGUAGGUUCAUCUCUUAG